UACUAUUAAAAAAAUAUUUUAUAAAGUAUCCAAGUAUAUUUUAUACUGAAAGUAGUAGAUUAUUAUUUGACUAAUAUUUUGACUUAUUCAAAUAAGUCAUUUAGUAAAGUAAUAUAUAUAUAUUGCAAAAGAUGGAUCUUCCACGUAUUUUAAUCAUAAGUACAGUGUAUGGUAAAGCUACUGAAAUUGCUAAAAAAAUAGGAGGGAAAAAUAAAUCAAGUCAAGGCGAUAUAGAAUACUAUUUAUGGGAUGUCAACAAUAAAUAUUAUACGUCACAGAUAUUAUUAUGUGUAACAGAAAAUCCACAUAUCAACAUACCAACAGAAGGAAUAGAAGCAUUGGUUAUGUAUCAUGAUCCACAAGCUGAUAAUGCAGAAAGAAAUUUAGAUCAAUGGUCAUCCUUAAUCUCUUCUCUUUCUAAAGCCGAUGUACUAUUACUUACAUGUAAUGUAAUAUCAAAUAUGGAUGUUAAAGAUAAAAUAAUUGCAUGGUGCAUAAGUAAAAAAUUUGAAUUGGUUGAACUGCAACAGUUAGAUUCCAUAGAAAAUUUAGAAUAUGACUUCGAACAUAAUACAUAUGGAAUUGAAAGAAUCAUUGAAGCUUUACAUGCGCAUACAUGGCCAAAUAUUGUAUUAAAAGGAAAACCUUCUAAUGUUGAUGAAAAAGAAUCAAAUUUAGAUCAAGUAGAAAAGAAAUUAGAAAAUAUUCAAUUAACUCAUAAUCCAUCGGAAUACCUUAAUGUGGAAAGUGUUCUUGAUGGCAUUAUGGGUGGUGAAGAUGCAGACUUUGGUGAAUUAUUUGUACAAUUAAUGGCAAUGAAAGAACAUGCAGCUUCUUUGCCUACAAAUGAAAGACGGAUAGCAGCAGAGCAAUUAGUUACUGCUUUUUGGAAAUCAAUGGGUGGAGAUUCAUCAGAAAUAGACGACUGAAUUAGAUAUAAUUUAUAAAUUAAUAAUAAGUAUCAGUAUAUAUAUAUAUUUUAAAAUUAAAAAAAACAUGUAAAUUCAAAAGAAAUAAUUAAUUUAAUACGAUAAAAAAUAAAUUUUACAGUUUACAAUUUCCUAUUCACCAAGUUAAUAAUGAUUAAUGCUGUUGGCUUGUUUAUCUUGUGAUGAAGAUAUAAUUAAGGAUUAUAAAUAACGUUAUUU